AGAUGGGAAUUCGUUUGUCCUCUUUUUACUAUCAUGUCCGGUUUUAACCACAGAGGACUCCUAUAAAUACCGAUACGAAAUGUGUUUGCUCUCCACACCUCAACUCACUCAAACCCUAAGAAAACACAAAACAAUCACAAUGAAAAAACCUUCAGUGGUCUCUUUUCUCAUCACUCUCCUGUUGGCUGCAGCUGUCUGCAUCCACGGAGGCGAACCGGUGAAGGACAUUGUCGGAAAUUAUCUUAAAACCGAUCAACAAUACUUCAUCCAGCCGGCAAAUACCGACGGAGGUGGUCUUGUCCCAGCCCCCCCUACAAUAUUUCCUCUUUGCCCACUUGGCAUCGUCCAAACUCUCCAUCCGUAUCAACCUGGCGUACCGCCGGUUAGCUUUUCAAUGCCAUACGCGAACAUGGAAACUACUGUUUCUACAGAUGAUUAUGUAAAUAUCGAGUUCAAGUCCAACAUCUGGGCCUGCAAUAAGUUUUCCAAGUUUUGGAAAGUCAAUGAAACCUCAUCGGCUAGCGAGGAGCCUCUCAUUCUCGUUGGUGGUACACCGCAGGAACCAAAUAGCUGGUUUAAGAUUGACAUUGCCGGAGAAGGAGCGGGAGCAAACAGUUACAAGUUGACUAUAUUUAUAAUAUAUAUGGUUCAGUGAAUUAUUUGAUACGUUGAUUCACUUUGUUUAAUCUUGUAUUCUUCCAUGAAUUAUUUGAUCGAUUUCCAUAGAGUCUAAACCCCAUUCUCUUUAUGUUAGUUAACAUAUGUUGACCAUUGUGGGAGAUUGUUGAGUUGUGAAGACAAAAUCUCAAUGUUGAUUUUCUAAGUGUGUUUUAAGUGGUAAAUCAGAAAAAAUAGAAGAAGAAAUUUCUAAGUAUGUUUUGAGUGGUGAGUCAUUUUAACGUGUGAAAGUGGAAAGGAAGAAUGGAUGUUGAAGAACGAACAUUCGUAGUUUAGUAGGUUGGUUCACACAUCCCUAUCUCUCUGAUUGAAAACUUGUCUUUUACCCAUGAAUUAUUUGAUUAUAUAUCCUUGAUAUUUUAGUUAACAUGGAUACUAUUGUGCAUGUCCCUCGUGCUAAAAAUCGAAGUUUGAAUCGAUUAUCAUAGAGUCUAUUCUAAACCCCUCUUCUUAAACCUCACUAUAGUAAAAAGUUAGAUAAGCAAGGAUCAGACUCUGACGUGAAGAAAAAGCUGAUAAACAUUAUCAUAAGCGCGAAGCUUAGAGGUCGCCGGUUCGAGUGACGAUUGGGACGAAACUAAUAUUAU